GGGAAAGAAAAAACACACAUUGAAUUUCUUAAUUAUUUACUGAGUGUAGCAACUAAAUGCAUCUGUGGAAAACACAAUCUCAUUAGAAAGCGAAGCUCUCUGUCAACCGGUUGGUUGUGUUGAACUGAGAGUAAUGGAGAGUUAUGACGAGUUCUGCAGUAGAGCACUGAACACACUGCUGCGGGCUCGUGCCUGCAGUACCGCAUCACAACAGCAGAGGGCGCACGCGUCCAACAUUCAGUUUCAUGGCAGGAGACUUUUAGAACCUGUGUUGAGUGAGGAGCUGCGUGUUCAGAUGGCGGAAGAGAGACAGACCGCUGUACAGAGAGACAGAAAGAGACAGACACGACAAACAGACGCUCUGCUGGAGCGCGUGCACAACAUUCUCCACAACAUCCACUUGAGAAAGCUUCAGAAUGAAUCAGACCGAGCAGUGACGUGUACAGCGGAUCUCUCCCCAACCCUCCGGCCCAAAACCAGCUCCGGUUCAGUCCCGCUCCAGAACCAGAACCUCAGCACCAGCAGUUCACUGAAGAAAGAGACUCUCCGACUGCUGAACCAGCGGAUGGAGAGAGAGAAGAACAUCGGUCCUGAGCGUUUCACCUCACCGUCCCCUGAUUCUGUCCUCAGCGGUCUCUCUCGGAGUCUGACGGGUUCUUACGCCCGGUUACCCUGCCCUCAGCCCAGCCGCAGUCCUCUGGCACACAGAGCCCGACCAUCACGACCCUCAAACAUUCUCAUCUCCUGUCCCGUCAGCGAGUCUGAGCUCAGUCCAAACACAUCUGAAUGUGAAAGUCAUCCCUCAGAGGUUACCACACCCGGCGCCCCCUGGAACUGCAGUGAGUUGAGUGAUAGACAGCUGUCAGUCAUUAGCUCCACCCCCAGCAGUACUAACAGCCAGAAACGAGUCCAGUCCAGUUUAUCCGGAACACCACCAGAUGAGAAAGCUAAACCGGGCCGCCGCUCGCCUCCGGCGCCGCUGAACCGCUCAUAUGAUGUGGAGAGCCCGUCACCGUCUCUGAUCAGACCGCAGGUGGAGUUCACACCAUCGUCAGGCUCAGACGGGCCCGUCUCGUGCACAUUACAGCCGGAUGGAGGAUUCGCACGGCGCCCCCUGGAGGGGAGGAUGAAUGUGAAACAGAACUGGACAGCUGAAACGGCGGAUGAGCAGGAGACUGAGACGCCGAGUGAGUGUUUGGAGAGAGAGCACAUCCGGUUGUCUGUGCAGCACGUGAAGGGUUUCUGUCGUCUUAACGCUGUGGCUCGAGGAUUCCUAACACGCAGACUCCUGCAAACAGACAAGAUCAAACACCUGCGCAAAACUGUACAGGAUUCCAGAGAGUUUCUCCGAUCAUUCCAGAGUCAUUCUCAUCUGAAGAGAAUCUCCAUCUCUUCUCAGGAUCUGUCACUGCUGCACAGAGUCACAGCACAGCUGCGAGCUGCGCUGCAUGACAUCCAUCAGAUCUUCUUUGUGUGGCCUGUGAAAGACAAACUUCAUCUACUGCAGCAGGACAGAGAGAUUCACACAAUCAGAGAGACGGAGGGAGUCUGGGGUUCAGGAGUCAGACGGAAUCUAUCUUCAGCCACUCAGAAGACACUAGAGAGAAAAAAACACAGGCAACCAAAGACUUUAAAGGUGAUGCCCAAGAGUUCCUCAGCAUCAAGGGUUCUGAGGUUCUCUGUCAGUGCGAAUGGAGUCACGCAGCCGUGAGUUCAAGUUCUCCACGUCUGUUUGUGGAACGUGAUGUUCUCUGCAUAAUCUAAACUCUGAUCGGAUCUGCACAGAAACCGCUGUUGAAGAGCGAUCAGAUUUUCACGUGUGACACUUUGAUAAAUUGAAUGUUGAGCACAUAUCGUCUGUCUGGGUGUCUGCAGGAGCGCUGUGAGACAGAGAGAAGAGCGUGUGGAGGUGAGACAGCACUCUGUUCAGAGGAAGUGUCUGUCUCUGAGAUAAACACGCACCGAUUCCCAUCACUUCAUUGCUUUAUAUUUGUCACGUGUUCUUCUUACCAGACUGUUAUCUACACAAUAAACUUCUUACUGUUGUUCUUUCAGUUUUCAGUCAUACAGCAUCACUGAUCACAUGAUUACUGCGUGUCCAAAACACCUUUACUAUG